UCCUGUUAUUGUCACAGUUCCGAGAACAGUAAACUGUGUGUGCUUUAGUAUAUUUUGUGACAUCACGUUUCCCCAUACUCGCUCUGUUAUUGAGUGUCAAGUAUUCCAAAUCGUGACAACACUUUAUUUGGUGUGGUGAUAUUUGUGAGUAAUAAUCGACUUUAAAUGAGUGAACAUUCUUGAGUAGUUUAAACGGAGUAUAUACUACUAGCAGUCAGUUAAUGAUGGUAAAGUUGUAAUUAAUACUGCCUCUGCUAAUGAUUUUUUUUAGGUUUAAUGCAUCAUGUAUUUUUAUGAAAAUUAAGGCUCAUUAAUGUUAAAAUGCCACACAAAAAAUCUAGGAAGUGGAGAGAUGUAACUAUCAGUAAUUCUGCGGAUGCUGAAAUGUUAGACAAAAAUUCUAGCAAAACGCACUUUGUCAAGAAGAUGAGAGAUGUAACUAUCAGUGAAUUUGCGGAUGCAGCUGAACCUAUAACUCGUUUAGGAAAAUCUUUAAAAAAUGUGAAGGUGGUAUUGAAAGAAGAAGUUGAAAAGACCGAGGAAGAAAAAACUGAAGAGGACGUUGAAGAAGAAGAAGUACCUCAAGAAUCUGAUACUGAUACCUCUGAAACUGAGGAAAUAGCAUCGGUUGUCAUUCAGAAAGAUGAAGCUCAAGUUAUAACGCAAUUGGACUCUGUUGCAGAAAAGUGCAGAAAGGAUAGCAUUGAAGAAGUUUAUCCUUUAGAUGUUUGGUUUCUAAUAUCUGAAUAUAUAUCUCCCAAAGAUGUUGGUAUUUUUGCUGCCAUUUGCAGAUCAUCUUUUCAAGUGGUGUGUUCCGCAAAAUUUUGGUUUCGUUUGUAUAGACGAUAUUAUAAAAGUGUUCCAAAUCUACCAGAACAAUUGCAACCAGAGUGCCUUGUACGAGAAUAUGGUCUUAGAGCUUCUGUAAUAAGAGCUCUUCAUUAUAUGUAUGAUCCAUUUAUUCAGAAGCGGGAAAAUAAAUAUUUCUCUCGUAAUUUUGAUGAUUCAUCACUUUUAGAGAGAUAUAAGUGUGACUUGAUUUGGUACUGUUGCAUAAAAGAGGAUUCUUGGGUCUAUUACAUAAAGCUGAGGCAAAAAUCCAAUUCUGCCAUACAUUCCAGGACCAAUUCCUCCACACCAGACGUGCUGAGGGUUCCCGAUGACAUAUUUGCCAACCCUGAAGAAAACUGCAAGAUUCUUCAAAUCACUUGUUCCUACUUUGUUCAGGUCCCAGAUGUUUUUGGACUAACACUGAAAAGUACAUCUAUGAACUUGUCCCAAAAUAUGAGGCAAUAUCGGCUUCAGUUGGUAUUUGGCUCAAGUAUUAAUUCGACAACCAAGUCUGCAGAUGAUGCAGUACUGAUUUUUGAUCCUAUAGUUAAAAUCCAUGUGCUGAAUUGGUGGCAUCCUUUGUAUCCAUAUAGUCACAGCACGCACAAUUUAGAUCAUGAAGUAAGUGACUCAGAAUGGUGGUAGGUUCUUAGAGGAUUCAAUCAAAGUGUCCAUUUUAAUCCCUUUAUGAUUAAUUAUGGAUGUUUUAUAUACAAAAGUUUUCUAAAAUUGUAGUACCAUUUAAUGCUGAGAGAAAUUUAGAUAAAUUCUAAAGAUUGUGUAAACUAAAGAUUUAAGAGUUGUUAGAGUUUAUAGGUAAAACCUAUUGUAUCUAUCCUACAUGUAAUUUUAUUUUGUAUUGCAUUUUAUUAAACACAUUUUUUUGAAAAUAA